AUGUUUGUGUUUGGUGAAGUCCAGGACCCACUCUUAGAGACGGUCAAGCUUGUGGAAGAUAUCGUCCGCGGACAGAUUGUCGAAAUCAUCACUCGCGCCCGCCAACUGACGCAUCUCCGCGCCUCCCGCUUCUUGUCCGCCGACGACGUCAUCUUUCUUAUUCGCGACGACAGAGGCAAAGUCAACAGACUACGGACGUAUCUCAGCUGGAAGGAUGUGCGGAAGAAGGCGAAGGACGAUGAGAGUGGAGAAGCGGGCGCCGAGGUGGAAAUUGACGAUGCGGUCAAUGCUGACUCUUUCACAGAGAAAAUGACCGCCAAGAUCCGCAAUACAAUGGUCAAACUCCCCUGGGAAGUCUUGACCCCUUUCUCCGAUGCCCUCAAAUCGCUUCCGGGGCGGCAUACUCGCGCGGCCGCGGCGGAAGAGGAUGAAGAGCAGGAUGAGGACGAGAUGCAGGCGUAUCAGGAUAGUAUGCAGCGGUUGAGGGAUGCGGAUGAGAUUACCAAGAAGAUGACGAAGGAUGAGUAUGUACAUUAUUCGGAUUGUCGCCAGGCGAGCUUCACAUAUCGCAAAGCCAAGAGAUUCCGCGAAUUUGUCAACUUUUCCGCAUACCUCGACGUCGGACCCAACGACGAUAUCGUCGAUAUCCUCGGAUUCCUAUCGUUCGAAAUGGUCCGCACGCUCUGCGUCAAAUCCCUCGACGUACGAGACAGGAUGGAACGGAGCGUCAAGGUCGCUUCUGCUGCCUCCGGUGGAGCAGUCCGGCGGAAUACCAUGCUGGGCGGUAAGAUGGCGGCGGGUGGGAUCGGGAAUGGCGGAGGGGCGGGCACGAAGCGCAAGAGCUUGUCCGUCUCGAGGGACAAUGAGCCGGCCUCCACCGCGGCGGAGCCUUCGAAAAGGGCAGCGGUCCCGGCGGCGGUAUUGACGACACAAGGUAGCGAAACCACUGCGGCCGCCCCCGUAGCACCAGCACCGGUCUCGCUCUUCGCCCCUCCCCCUUCGGCGCGGCAGCCGUUAUUGCCGAUGCAUGUCUUGGAGGCGUUUGCGCAGAUACAGCGGGAACAGGUCGGCGGGAGGGUUGGGGGGAUGCGGAAUUUCAGGGGAGGGGUGAUGCGGGGGACGUUGGCUUUGAUUUAG